UCAACGGACGUGUCGAUGCUACAUCGUUGUCUGCUCUCUGCAAUUUCUCUUACAGUGACGUCUAAACCCCCCGCAAAACCUAAUGCGAUGUUCUUGAUUUCCUUCUAACUGUUACAGCUCCGAGAAAAUGCUGCGUUAAUGGCGCUCUUCAGGUCACUGAAAACCCUUAUCAGACACAAAGAAUCUCGGUCUUUCCUGAGCUUCUGCGCCUCUGCUACUCCAUUUCCUUCUCCAUCUCCUCUCUCGUCGAUCUUCUCUUGCUUUCCUUCCUCCCCAGCGUUUCCUGUUUCGCCGCAUCCAUCUUCCUUUGCCUUUCGUCUCACUUCAUCAUCCCACUCGAGGUUUCUCUCACCUUUCUACAAAUGGAUUCCGUGUCCAGGACCCCUGUUUCUGUCUUCUCCACCAUGGAAGCUUUUACAGUCUGCCACUCCCUUGUUUCUUCAUGGAAAAAUCGUUUUGUCAAAAGCGGAUUCUUGGAAUUUGCUUGGAAGGAGGAGUUUUCCUAUUAAACUAGGGUUUGGUUCGACUGCAUCCCUCCCAGGAUUGGUGAAUGAGAUUGAUCAGAAGUUAUUGUUCAAGGGACAUGACAUCGGUGGUGUUAGUGGCAGCUCUGCUGAGAAUUUUGUUAAUUUGCCGAAUUUGAUUUCAUUGAGUCGAUUAGUUUCUGGUCCCUUGCUUGGAUGGCUGAUCAUAAAUGAGUGGUAUCUUUGUGCAUUUGUGGGGUUGGCGGUAUCUGGAGCAACUGACUGGCUAGAUGGCUAUGUGGCUAGGAAGAUGGGUAUUAAUUCAGUGGUUGGAUCAUAUCUUGAUCCCCUUGCUGACAAGGUUCUUAUUGGAUGUGUUGCUUUAGCCAUGGUGAAGAUGGAUCUUCUCCACCCUGCACUUGUGGGACUUGUUGUAUUUCGAGAUGUCGGACUCAUCAGUGGUGCAGUUUAUAAAAGAGCUAGUAACUUGGGUUGGGAGUGGAGAAGUUGGUCUGAUUUCAUCAACCUUGAUGGGACCCAUCGAGAGAAAGUAGAACCCCUCUUAGUCAGCAAGGUAAAUACAGUUUUCCAAUUGGCCUUGGUAGCUGCUGCUCUUCUUCAACCGGAAUUUGGCACCGAGGCAACUCAAUCACACAUCGAGUAUUUGAGUUGGUUGGUAGCUUCGACAACAGUAGCAUCAACAGUGGCAUAUGGAGUACAACACAUGCGAACUGGGUCAGUAUUAGCUGGUAGAGGAUCCUCCUUGAGCAAAUCGCAGUAAUAUGAAAUUCAGUCUACUGCUGACCUUGCCAAAGAAACCACUGCAGUUGGAUGCUACUCUUGAGUUCAAGGAACCAUAGUUUUGGGUAUUUUGGGUUUUGGAAUUUGUGCUGUUGCUAACUGAAACACUUACCAGAGGGAAAGAAAGAAGUGUGGGAGCUUCUCAAAGCAAGCUGCAAGCCCAAGGACUACAUGGUGGUUUAUAAUCUUUCUGUUGGUCGUGAUUGGACUGGUGGAAGAAAGCCAUGCUCAAGGGGGGUAUAACUUGGAACCUCACAAAAUGAGGAAGUUAGGAGCGGAAUUGGCCGGCUAUAAUCUGACUCACAGUAGUCAACUUAUAAAACUGAAAUCAACUUCUGUAUCUUGUAAAAAUUUUGAUGUCAAAAAGUUCUUGACAAUCUGUUAAGAACCUUUCAAUUCUCAUUAUAACAUGAAUUCUUUCCGCCGAA